GUGGAAUCUCGUGCAGCAGACAGGUAGAUCUACAUGAUACACGUGCGAAUGCCACACACCUUGGAUGUGAGGGACUGGGCGCGAUUCCACGGCAAACUACCAGUAGCUAACAUCAAGAAGAAGAAAAAAGGCGAAGAUCGAUAACGCUGCUUUGACCUAGGGCCAGUAGGGGUAACCGUUGAGAGAGAGAGCCAGGAUUUUCACCCGUCUUGAUAGGAAGUGUUACAGGAGACUGCUGGCAGAAUGGUUGAAGUAAUGACCUUGGCCUCGGCCAUUAUAAGCGGACUGAACUGUUUCUUCGCUAUCAUCGUCCUCGCCGUCGUGUCGGGAGAGCUCAAUUACAACCUCGGCGACAACGUCAACAUCUGCCAGCUGGGGUCGUCGGAGAGCACAGAGUCCUUGAGGGAUUACCGUGGCUGCGAUGCAGGGACAUCCAUUGGUAGCAUUGGCCUUGUGGUCGGCCUGAUCUUCACAGUGUUCGCGGUCAUCGAGGUAAUCAAUGAGAGUGCGCUCUCCUUCCUCCAGCAGAAGAUGGUCUUAAUCAUCCGUGGUGCGGUGGCAGGUUUCCUGGCCUUCCUCUGGCUAAUCUGCUUUGGCAUCGUCGUGGACGAGUACAAUAGCAAUUCGGUUGCAAAGACAAACGUAUUCAGUGGCCAGUCCGGCGCCCAGGCCGUGGCUGCAUUCAGCUUCUUCUCCAUCCUCACCUGGGCUGCUGUUGCCGUCAUCCUGAUCGUGUUCCGAGCCCGCGGUGGACCAGCAGGCACAGCGGGUCCGGCAUAGGGACCUACCAGCCUCAGUUUUCGAUCACGCGUCCGCAUGUGUGUGCACGUGUGUAUGUGUUGACUGCUCGGUGUGCGAGACCUUUUCCACAUCUCAUCACGGCGCGACAGAUCUACCCCACGGCUGGUUUAGUCAAGUGAAUGCUCCGUCGGUCUUUCCUCGUUUUCUCCGUCUGUCUAUCUGUCUGCCUGCUUGCCUGUUUGUCUGCCUUUUUGUUUGUUUGUCCCCAUGUCUGUCUCUCUUUCUCUCUGUCUGGUUGUAGAUGUGUCUGUAUGUCUCCCUCCUCCCACCUCCUCCCACCGCUUUAGGAACUGCAUCUGCGCAUUGAUGCUUGAAGGGUGGUGGCGUUCCUACGGACGCGGAAAACUCGGCCUCUAGCCGAGUCUGACGUGAACCGUGAAUUCAUCUUUCUUCUGCUGUAUGUCUGUAUGUCUGUCUGUCUGUCUGUCUGUCUGUCUGUCUGCCUGUCUCUUUCUCUCUCACUUCUCUCUCUGUGCCUGCUGGUCAUCCUAGGACACAGUCCGUACGGUCGCGAUGCAUACAGCAUGCAUUUUGGACCUGUGUGCUUUUAUAAUUCUUUAUCUGAUCCAUUUCAGCGGAUCACCAUUAUCAUUGAGAUUGGCUGCAUAUCGUAUGAACAAAUAUUGCCUAUAAUUUCCUUUUCUGGCACUACAGCAUCAUAUAACUGCACCCCCCCCCCCCGCACCUCCCAGCGAAAUCGUUAUAUUGCUCUUUUUUGUCUCUCUACGGCGAAUCCUACGACAAUUCUGAAUGUUUUACUUCAAGUGCCGGUACUUACA